AACGUACUCAAUGAAAUAACUGAAAACUUUAAAAAUUACAGAAUAGGUAAAAUUAUGAAAAAUGUGAAAAGAAUCAGCGAUGGGUCAAGUCUAGCGUGGUCUCCCGGCUUCAUGCACUCGCUAUGCGUCGUCUGCUACAAAGAUGGUGGAAGAUGGAUUAUUGGCGAGGGCAAAGGCUCCGAAGGGCAUGAAGAGAAAACAGCUCUGUUUGAGCCCACCGUUUUUAAUUUUUACAGCAGCCUAUGCAAAGGACUUAAUGCCGGAAUGGAGGAGUGAUGAAUCAACACCUGUAAAGACAUAUCCAGAGGUUUUUACAGAAGCAUAUCCAGUGUUAGGAAGAAGGAAUAAUGAAUCAACACCUGAGCAUAUGCAGAGGAUCCAUUGCCGGAAUGAAGGAGUAAUGAAUCAACUCCUGAGCAUAUGCAGAGGAUUCAGUUAUGGGAAGGAACAAUUAUCAAUCAAGACCUGUAAAGGCAUAUGCGGAGGAUCCAGCGUCGGAAAGGAGAAACAAUGAAUCAUGACGCGCGGGGAGCCUGAGUUGGUCGAAGUUAAUGUACUACCGAAGGCGGAGAGGCUGAUUCGCGAUUGAUUAAAUUGUGUUUCGGUGUUUAUAAGAGGAUUGAUUAAACAUUUAUAGUUUCACAAAUUACGUGAGAAUU